AACUGCUCUGUCUCUCUCUCUACUUUUCCAAAACUAACUCUCCCUCUCUCUAUAAAUAAAUGGAAAGCAAAAACCAAAUAAAGGGAAAUUGAUCUUCACCCCUUAGCUCUGUCUCCCUUCUUUCUUGGACACAAAACAUGCCCCAACUUCACUGCCACCAUUCCCCACUUUUUCUCUCUCUUCUCCUUCUCUCUCUUCACCAUGUACUGGGCGCCGGCCACGACUAUGCUGAUGCAUUGUCGAAAUGCAUCCUGUUCUUCGAGGGGCAACGUUCAGGGCGCCUGCCCGCAAGGCAACGGGUCCGGUGGAGGGGCGAUUCAGCGUUGUCUGAUGGGCAGGCGGGCGGGGUCGAUCUGGAAGGAGGCUAUUACGAUGCGGGGGACAAUGUCAAGUUUGGGUUUCCUUUGGCCUUCACGACGACGAUGUUGGCAUGGGGGAUGAGUGAGUUCGGGGCCCCCGGUGAGGUCGACAAUGCCAUGGCCGCAAUACGCUGGGCCACAGACUACCUCCUCAAGGCAGUCUCGCAGCCUGGCCGGGUGUUCGUGCAGGUUGGUGAUCCAGCUAAGGACCACAAUUGCUGGGAGAGACCAGAGGACAUGGACACCCCUCGAACUGUAUACAGUGUCGAUGCUGCGAAUCCUGGGUCAGAGGUGGCCGCAGAGACAGCUGCAGCAUUAGCUGCCGCCUCCAUUGCUUUCCGUUCCUCAGACUCGGCAUACUCACAGACAUUGCUCCAAAAUGCCGUCCGAGUGUUUGAAUUUGCUGACAAUCAUAGAGGAGCUUAUAGUGAUAAUCCGAGCUUGAAAUCUGCAGUCUGCCCUUUUUACUGUGACUUUAGUGGCUAUCAGGAUGAGUUGUUAUGGGGAGCUGCAUGGCUUGGAAGGGCAACCGGAAACGAGACAUACCUCAAUUACAUUCAAAAUAAUAGAAAGAUCCUUGGUGCGGAUGAAAAUAUCAACGAGUUUGGUUGGGAUAAUAAGCACGCUGGGUUCAAUGUUCUCAUCUCCCAGGAAUACCUUGUAGGGAAUGUGACGUCUCUUCAAUCGUACAAGGAGCACGCAGACAGCUUCAUAUGCACCCUAAUCUCCAAAUCUACCUUCCCCCACAUCCAAUACACCCCCGGGGGUCUCAUCUACAGGCCCGGUGGCAGCAACAUGCAACACGUCUCUGCCAUCGCUUUCCUCCUCCUCGCUUAUGCCAACUACCUCUCUCUCUCCUCUCAAACCCUCCCCUGUGGGACUCUCAUGGUCGGGCCUGCCGCUCUACGAGCCCAAGCCAAGAGACAAGUCGACUACAUUCUGGGUGACAACCCAAUGAACAUGUCGUAUAUGGUGGGAUACGGUGAUCGGUACCCCCUAAAGAUACACCACCGUGGAUCGUCGUUGCCAUCGAUUGUAGACCACCCUCAGCUCAUUGCAUGCAAGGAGGGCUUUGUGUAUUUCAGUUCAUCAGGCCCCAACCCUAACAUGCACGUUGGGGCUGUCGUAGGUGGCCCCGGGAAGGAUGACAAGUACAAUGAUGACCGUGCUGCCUUCCGCCUCUCAGAGCCCACGACUUACAUCAAUGCUCCCCUAGUCGGCGUGCUCGCAUACUUUGUUGCUAACCCCUCCUAACAGUGACACGAACACUGAGCAAACACUUACAGACAAGGAGUUAGCUGAUGCUAAAACCUGGGCUUUUCAUUUGUCGGAAAGCUAUCAUUGGUAACUUGCAGAUCACAUGGUAUCAGCAAAAGGCUAAAUCUCUUAUCCCAGUGGCAUGGUCCUUUCCUAGUCCUCAUCAUUUCAAGUUAAAUAUUGAUGGUGCUUCCUUACAUAACACAGGCCGAGCAGGUGGUGGUGGUGUUAUUAAAUAUUGUGAUAGUGCGUUUAUUGCUACGUUCACUAUCCUUCGAAAUAGCCUCUAAUAAUUAUAUAGAAUGCUUUGCUUUGGAAGAAGGUAUGAUCCUUGUCAAUCAGUUACAAUGUUUCUUUCUUCAAAUUGAAAGUGACUCAGCCUUGCUCAUUAAUAUUAUUCAUGACCGCUGCCGACCUUCAUGGACGUUGUAUACGGUUGCAGCAAAUUGCCGACACCAACUAUCAAGGCAUGGGUGGUCCAUUUCGUAUACUUUUCGUGAGGCCAAUAUGGUGGUAGAUACUCUUGCUAAGAGGGCCACAACCCAUUCUGAAGCUACAGUUUGGUGAUCUCAUCUACCAGAUUUUAUUACCCUUGCUUUAACUCAUGAUUUGUCCCAAGUGCCUUAUUAUAGGGUUGUAAA